GGCGGUUUAAUAGUCCCGGCCGCCACACAGAGGCUGCAUGCACUAAAUUUUUUGGCAGUUGGUUCCAAGGUUCACUGUUCCGCUUCCACAGCUGCUGCGCCUACGCGAGCGCCACACUUGAGCUGCCUCGGACCCCUCCGACGCAUUUAAAAUAGCCCGUCAGGUUGCCGCUCCGACUUGACCUCUUAGUACAUAUUACUCCAUACCUCUGGAAGCCUUGCUUGCUCGACAACCCAAACAAACACCAACUCGUUAUUGCUAUUUGCUCGGGCAUCUCUUAACAUCUCCCCUCUCGGCUGACAGAAUGGCUACGAGCAUGCGAACGAAAAGAGUUGCCAAGGAGCGUCAGAAGAUUGAUAAGUUCGGCCUGCCUCCUGGCAUCGAGCUCGUAGACGGCAACGACUUGAAAGAGUGGCUCUUUGAUAUUCGCGUCUUGGAUAACAACCCUCUAUAUAACGGCAAUGUCUACCAGCUGAAAUUCGUCUUCUCCGAUUCGUAUCCUAUAGAACCCCCCGAGGUCACCUUUGUAGACAGACCAGCUCGGCCAGUCCCCAUGCAUCCACACAUCUACUCGAACGGAAUAAUAUGUCUUGAUCUUUUGGGCAACCAAGGAUGGAGCCCAGUCCAAAGCGCGGAGAGCGUCUGCAUGAGCAUACAAAGCAUGCUCACGAGCAACAAUAAGAACGAGCGACCACCUGGCGACGAAGAGUUUGUGCGCGGGAACAAGCAGCGGCCCCGAGAUAUAGAAUUCUUAUACCACGACAACACCGUGUAACGAUCAUAUCUUCAUGGACUACAGGGGCUCUUUUUUUCUGUUAUUGGUUUACUUUUGGCGGAUUCUUGCAUCAUUCCAGCAGCCGCGAGGGCUCAUCGGCGUUUUACAAUCACGUAAAUGUGACACAGGAACAGGCAUAUGUUACGGCAAUCUGAGGCUUUCUUCUGCUGAUUCUCGAGGCUAAGCGAUCUUUUCCUUUUCCCUUUAUUUUUUGGUUUCAUUCAGCAGUUUUACGGAGCAGUGUGUUUUUUAUUCUCACGUCGCCUCCUCACACAAAAUCGACGACAAAGGCAUCGGGCGCAUGCACGGCGCAACUGGGGCAACGGCUGGCGAGGAAAGCGCAUGUAACCUUGUUUUCCCAACCUAGAAGACGCAUUUACGUAUACUCGGAUGUUCAUAGAAUUGAUUUCCCUUCUUCAAGAUUUGUAUUGCAUCUCUGUUGUCGUCAGGGUCCUUCUUCCUCUUCUUUCGCCUCUG